AUAAGUGUUUCUGAAAGGACCGGACCCAACUUUUCGCACCGCCAGUAUGAGUUUAAACCGACUUCUUCGAACAGAUUUAGGCCAUUUCCAAAUUUUCUAAAAUUAGAAUUAUUUACGUAGUUGAACACUCAAGCUCAAGUUGACUGUCCAAAACGACAAGUUUAACUGUUUUGUCUGAAUCAUAUUGACCUUGUUCAAAUCAGCUUGUCCUAGUUCGGCCGAUAAUAUCAACCAUUUUGUCUAAUUUUCGACAAUUGAUGUCUAGCCGACCAGCUCAACUGUUUUGUCCGAAUCCAACAGCAGUUGUCUAAAAAUUCCGCAUUGUCUGAAUAGCUGUCCGAACUCUUUCGAAAUUCACGAUCCUAAUCUGAAAAUAAGACCACUGACCGAGCUUAAAUGGCUCAAAAAACAGAUCAGAUCCUAGCUUUGUUCAGACCAUGAGUUCAUACAAUCCGAUCCUAACGGACUUCGAUCAACUCCUCUUCCAAUUGCAGCCAAUCCUUUCUACCUUGCCAGUUUUUUCUAGCAUCAUCCAGCCUAAAAACUCGACUGAAUGGUCUAAGCAAGAUGAAUCAUAUCUUCGAUCCGUGGAACACAAGCGCUUCAGUUUCUCUCUACAACUUGUUGGCAUAUUAUUAGCACUUGUUGUUAAGUCCAACCUCUUUUACUCCUUUGAGCAUUGUGCAUUUGUUCCAAUGUGUCAAGAUAUAUACUACAAUUAAGAUUUGUUUAUAAGAUUUAUUUGUUUGUUGGGCAAUAGAUAUUAGAUGGUUCUACGAUUAGUUUUCACACACACGCAUAUAUGUAUUGGAACGGCACUUUUAUAUUUUAAAUAAAUAAAUUAAAAUACGAACAACCAAUCAAACUAAACAAUUUUAUGAUAUUUUCAUAUAGGAAUGACAUCUAUAUAAAAAUAACUUAAGUGACUUUUAAAUAUUUAAUUUUAGUAGGAUAUACUAACAAAUUUAAGUGAUUUUUAUUGUGACAUCUCCUUCUAUAUAUUUUAAGUUUUAUCUAUUAAUAUUGAGAAUGAAAUCGUGGUGAUAUAUUUUCUAUGUUCUACAAAUAAUGUUAUUUUGAUACAUUUGACAAAUUAAAAAUUUCAAGAAAAUACUAGUAUAUGUUUAUUUAAUGUAUAUUAAUAAAAUAAAAAUGUUUUUGAGUACAAAUUUGUUGGUUAUUUAGAAGGAAAAAAUAUGUAAAAAUCACAUUUGAAAUGUAGAAUGACAUUCUUUUUGAAAAAAAAAUAGAAUGAUAUUUUUGUGAAAAUAAGGAGUUAAUAUUAGUAGGCUAGUAGCAAUUUACCAAUGCAAAUUAAGGAAAGUUGUUUCGCCAAAGAUCUCGAAGCAAGGAAUGCAACUACCAUUACCACAAUAGAGCCAACUUGCAUUUGCUUCCCAUAUAACAACACUUAUCCGUCACUCUAUAAAUACCCUCUCUUCCUAUUAUCACUUCCUCACCACAGCAGAACAAGCCAUAUACUUACAUAUUUUAUAAUUCAAGACAAGAAAAAUAAAUUCAUACGUUUUUGUGUAAACUGAGAAUUCUUACUUAUCGUAUCCAUAAUGAUCAAAAUGGUAUUGGUAUUGCCGUAUGUGUUCGUGGUUCUAACUAUUAUUUCAGUGGAUCUUAGGAUCACUCAAGCCACAUCUCGUGUCACUUUUCACGAGUCGUCCAUUGCUGAUUUCCAUCAACAAUGGAUGAUCCAGUUCUCUCGAGUUUAUAGCAGCGAAUCCGAGAAACAGACGAGGCUUAAAGUGUUCAAGAAAAACUUGGAGUUCAUUGAGAACUUCAAUACUAAGGGGGAUCAAAGCUACAAACUUGGUGUCAACGAUUUCACUGAUUGGACAGAAGAGGAGUUCCUAGCCACCCACACCGGUCUCAGUGACAUUAACGUAACUUCACCAUCCAAAGGGAUUAACGAAACAAUGUCAUCUUGGAAUUGGAACGUUAGUAAUCUUGUCAGCGAUAGCAAAGACUGGAGAAUGGAAGGAGCUGUAACACCUGUCAAAGUGCAAGGAGAAUGUGGUGGUUGUUGGGCGUUCUCAGCGGUUGCAGCGGUAGAAGGUCUGACAAAGAUUGCCCGAGGAAAUCUCGUAUCACUGUCCGAACAGCAACUUUUAGAUUGUGCCAGACCGGGUAACAAUGGCUGCAAUGGCGGAACAAUGCAAAACGCUUUCAAUUAUAUAGUAUCAAACCGAGGCAUUUCUUCAGAAGACGCAUACCCUUACAAAGUGAAAGACGGGAGUUGCGGGUCUAACGCCAAACCCGCCAUGCAGAUCACAGGGUUCAAAGACGUUCCACAAAACAAUGAGCGUGCGUUGCUCGAGGCAGUAUCGAGACAGCCCGUCUCUGUGGGAAUUGCUGGGAGGGGGGACAGUUUCAUCCAUUACUCAAGCGGAGUGUACAAUGCGCCUGACUGUGGUACCACCGUGACACAUGCGGUGACUAUUGUUGGGUACGGGACGAGCCCGGAAGGGAUUAAGUAUUGGCUGGCUAAGAACUCUUGGGGUGAGACUUGGGGAGAGAGAGGUUACAUUAGACUCCGUAGAGAUGUGGAGUGGCCUCAAGGCAUGUGUGGUGUAGCUCAGUAUGCUUCUUAUCCGGUUGCUUGACUAAUUCGGUUACAUGAUUUAAUAUCAUACAUUAUGUAGUUUGGUUAAUGAAUUGUUUGAUUGUGGUCUGAAUCUACAUCAAAACUUAGCUUGACAUUGAUGUUCAUUUUACUGUUUCAUGUAAUGUACAAUUAAUAAGACAAAGUGUAUCACCAUUUUGUGUUACAAAAUAGUGUCACCAUUUUAUUAUAAAAGAGUACAAUAUAUGAAAACAUACGACCAAUUGUAGCUUGUGGAGUUGGGUAUUAUAUUCUCCGAGUAUAGAAAUAUAUACUAGUUCAUUACGUUUUGGUAGUUAACUUUGUCAUAUGGUAUUCAGAAAAAUAAUAUCUAUAUUGUAGUAACAUGACAACAAGUAACCGUUUCCCAGUGGCGUAAAGCCUUUAAAAAGGUGACGGGUUCUUGAGCUUAUGUGAUGAUUUGGUCAUCACCAUCGUCAGCUUAGAAGACGAGUAAUAGAAGCGCAGCUGAGCUCUUUCCUUUGAUUUCAUUCACUUAAUUUAUUUUCUCAGUUUACACCAAAAAAAAAAAAAUUAUUUUCUCAACAACGUUAUAUUGCUACGUAUAACGGCUUUCCUUAUAACGGAAAAAGGUCUUGCAGUAAUCUUUGCAAGUUUCUUUUUUCUUUUUUUUUUUAUCUAUGCAAGUUGCGGUUUGCUUUUAUGUCAUCAAAAUAAGAUAUGAAAGAUAACAUAAUCACAUUGUGAAAAGUAUUAUGAAAACAAAUAGAUACGGUUAUGAGAAACUGUUAAUCUCUAAAAAUGGGAUUCCCAAUGAAAAGUUUGUUAGCCUGUCGAAAUCCCCAACAAUCUGUUAGAUUUAACUAUAACUUGUUGAUAUUGGAAUGUGUGUCAGAAAACUGAUUGCCCUUUUUCAUCAGUUGGAGAUAAGUUUGGACAACUUACAAGGGUUGUCAAUCUAUAUGGUUGAUUUGGUUAUCCCACCGGUUUCGAUAUAGUUAUCAUGACAAUUAUUGAUGAAAUUUGGUAAGUCAGCAUGUUUGGGUUGAAACAGUUUUCGGUUUGGUUUAUUCAGAUAUGGAAAUCUGUUGAACCGAACAGAAUAAAAUCAUAACUCGGUUGGUUUUGAUAUUUCGGUUUUGACAAUUUGUUACUGGAGUAGCCCAUAAUUCCUCUAUAACUGCAUGCCAAUAGUUUGGUGUUGAGGGAUGACAUGAUCAAAUAGGUUACCAAUGAUCAAUAAGAAAUCUUGUAGAUAAUUGUAAGUGCUUGUUAAUUUAGGGUUGAAAAUUUGGUUUAGAAGAUAAUUUGUCUAUAUUUUGUGUUAUCUUACAUUAAGCUACUACUUCAAUGCCUAUAUAAAAUGUAUUGAUCAUGUAUUUUGUUUUUAUAAUACAACUAUUCCUCAUGACCAAUUUAUCAUUUGGGACUUAGACCCGAACAUAUAUCUUUGUGUUUUCAUGUCUUCUGUAGUUGCCAGUGAAAUACGAAAUUUAUAAAUGUUUACCACUAUUUUGAGAUGUGAGCAUGAAAACUUGAAAAGGGUAACAAUAUAGUUUUAAUAAAUCUUUAGUUUUACCACUAUUCCACUCUUUAUUAAAUCUGAAUUUAGUUUUAUCUUCUUCUUUUUUUAACAUCUUUUUCUUGACAUCAAAUUUAGUUUUAUAUCUAAUCCUUAAUAAAAAUUCCUGAGCUUUAAAAAAAAAAGUUUUAGGUUAGUACUUGAUAGUAAUUAGUAACUACAGGUUGGUGGAAACAGAGAAGCAAGCUAAAAAAUAGCUCUGGACACUACUUUGCUUGGGACAAUCAUAGUGGAUCUUAAAAUGAAAAAGAUAACAAAACAAAGUGGCGAAUCUUGAUAGACGCAACAAAACAAACUGGCGAAACUUGCAAGAGAUAACAAAGUGGCAAAUCCCAUUGUGCAUCAGUUGUUGUCUCUUGUAUCUGGAACUUUUUACUACACAGGAAGCUAGCUUCUAUCAUGAAUUCAUGAUUCCAUAGUGGUUUUUGGUUUUGAAGUUCAAAUUCAAUGAAGUAAGUACUAUUGUUGUGGAUAUAAUGGAGGAUCCCAAGAACAUUGAUUUUAAAACGAAUCAAGAAUACAUAAAAGAGCUCAUCGAAAUCAUGCUUGUCAUUGUAUCAUCUGGCGGAAAAAAGCAUAUCAAA